UUUUCUCAAUCCUUUGGCUAAUAAAUCUAACAUUAACUGUCGUUGUAUAUAGUUAGAUAGUUGUUUACGCAUAUCGACAACAAUGGAUGAACACGAUGUCGUCCCUAAACUUUCUGGACCAGAACUGCGCAAGAAGAAAUUAUUGGAGUACCUGGCAGCAAAGGGCAAGCUGAGACCACCUAACCCAAAACCCUACCUGCGGGACAACCUCAUUAAGCCCCAAACUUCUGUGAAGUCUGUCGCUUCUGACGUGGAGAAAGAGAACCAGGGUUUGAGACCCACAAGGGUUAAAUGGGCUACAAACAAGCCCCAGCCAUUUGCUGGAACUACAAGACGAGUUCUUCAAACUGCUCACCAAUUUUCUGCUACCACCAACACUGCCAAAGAAUGCAGAAAGAAUCCAUCUCACUCUGCAGUUACAGCCACCACCUGCCUUCCUACCACCACUCAAGCCAAGAUAUGCCCCCACCCUGCUGUCCCACGCAAGGCUACAACUGUCACCACUGUCACAGCCAAAAUAUGCCCCAGGACAGCUCCUCAGGGCAACAAUGGCACAAGUGCACCUAACCAUGCCAGAACAAAACAUGAUGCUUCCGUCCAGACUAAUAAGUAUUCUGAUGUCAACAUCAGUUCCCAGACUACAGCAUGCCUCAUCACAGCUGCCCCAGCAAGAACACACCCCAACACCACUACCCAACCCAAAAAAUGUUCUAACAGAGUUGCCCGUCCCAGAGAAGGCCCCAUUUCUGCUGCCCCAACACGAACACUCCUCAGCAAAGUAGUACCAGCCAAAUCAGGGCCUGAUAAAGCCACCACAAUCAGGGAACAUUCCAGUUUAACUGCUCCAACAACAGUAGCCCCCACCAAAUCCAUUGUCAUUGCUCCUACUAAAAGGGACACCAGAUCUAACUUCAGCGCUACUGUAACCAAGAAACCCAGCAGUACUCUCCAGAACAAGACUACAGUAGAGACAGGGCAGCAUGGACCCAUUUUGAACAGUACAGGAUCUAAACCUGUGAUUAGCAAUAAAGAGCCUGUCACAAACAAGUUUAAGAUUCAUUUACACCGUCGCCAAACUAAAAUAAUGCAAGAGUUCCUGCUUCUGAGGCUGGCGGUGCAGGGAAGGGGAGGCAAGUGA